CCCAUUUUUAAGCUCGCAGAGGAACUCAUUGUGCUCUUUAUGUUCGCUCUUGCGGAUGGGGAGCUUGUUGUUCCCUCAGCCUUCUUCUCCUCCUGUCCGCUUCACUUAGUGGGCAGUUCUCCGUCUCGGUUUUCACUCUUGAUUAUAAAGGAGGAGUUUUCAGCAGAGAGGCACUUAUAGUCCUGAAUAAACUCUGGCUGUGUGAUCCGGGACAGUAGGCUGACUUCACUAGCUUUUCAUUUGGGCAAAAGGACGAGCUGAUAAAAACUGGCAACAUGGUUGUGGCGGGCUGCACGAAAUGCAUAAAAUAUAUGUUAUUUUUCUUUAAUUUUAUUUUCUGGCUGGCCGGAGGUGUUAUCUUAGCAGUGGCCCUGUGGCUCCGCCAUGACAGUCAAACCAGCAACCUCCUCAUCCUCCAGUUUGAAGGCCACCAGGCACCAGGCACCUUCUACAUCAGUGUGUACAUACUGAUAGCUGUUGGGGCUGUGAUGAUGCUCGUGGGCUUCCUCGGGUGUUACGGUGCCAUUCAAGAAUCUCAGUGCCUGUUGGGAACAUUCUUCUUCUUCUUGGUGAUCCUCUUUGCUUGUGAAGUGGCUGCAGCAAUGUGGGGCUUCAUGAACAGGGACACAAUUUCAAAGGAACUGAUCAACUUCUACGACUCCGCCUACAUCAAAGCUGUGGACGUCUCAGGGUCUCCGAGCAAAGACUCUGCCAUCAAGGUGCUGGAUGUGUUCCACACUACGCUCGACUGCUGUGGUAAAGGUGACGACACCGCUCUUUUCAAACAAGUCGCCGGCACCUUGUGUCCCAGAAAGUCUCCAGAAGAUCUUCUGAAAUCUCAGAGCUGCCACACUCAGCUGAUCGAGCUGUUCUCGGAAAAGCUCUACCUGAUUGGUCUGGCUGCUCUGGUGGUUGCUGUCAUCAUGAUCUUCGAGAUGAUCUUCACCAUGGUGCUCUGUUGUGGCAUCCGUAACAACCCGGGAGUAUACUAGGAGACUGUGUUGCUACGCAUCAGCUCCUCUUCUUUGUGAUUUUAACCCGACAAGAUGGAUAUCUUUCAUUUUUUUACCCUAGAUUAAAAAAUGCAUCAGCAGCUCGGUCUUGAUAAUCUAUAAACACUCAUCAUUCUUAAACAAUGAUUUAGACGUUUCUUUAUUUAUCACAUAUCUUCAUAUGAAUCAUUUAUACAUAUGAUAUGUUGUGAAAUAUUUUUCUGAGGUCAUUUUUAUGGAUGUAUAAAUUGUAUAUAUACUUGUCAUAUGUUAAUAACACUUAGUAGAGUGCAUGUAUUCCCUGAUUGAUUGUUUGCGAAGCAUCUUGCUGCAGUGCUAGUGUUAAAAUAUAAUUUAAGCAGCAGGGUGUCAUUGGUCUAAGGGGAUGUACUGUCUUACUCUAAUGAUUAUCAGGUUGACGACUGUGUGUCUCUUCUUUGUGCCUAAUGGACCAUCUUCAUGCUCUCUUUACUUUAUUAACUUGUGAAACACUCAUCCUUAAAUAAACAGUUAUUUCUUCUUACUCAACCUGUUUUUUUAAUAAUGCUAAUAAAUGAUGUCACCUUCCUUUUUUUGGAACAUACUACACUGGUGUUUUCCAACCUUUUAUUUUGCUUGUGACUCCUUAAGAUGAAGCAAAUUCUCUUUCAAUGUCUGUAAAUUGUAAUCAGGAAAAUAAAAGUAUGUUGUGAAUCCAAA